UUAUUUUUCAGGAAAAAAAUUCUGAAAAUAUCGGCGAUAAUGAGAAUAAGAAUUUCAGUGAAAAUGGCAACAAAGACUCCAGACAGUCAGUUCAAGAUAAGCAUUCCUAUCCAUCAAUGAAUCCUCCAUUAUAUUCGCCUUUUUAUUUUCCUUAUGCUUGUCGGGGUUGGCCUGUUCUUGGCAACAGACUGCCAGGCAGAAACAUGUGCACGCCUCAGUGCAACUGCCCAUAUCACGGUUUCAACAAAGGAUCCAUAGCAAGCCAGUCAACUUCGACAUGGAAGGGAAAUCCUCGCUGUCCACCACCAACUUAUUUUAACAACCUGAGACCAUUAUUGCCAUUUACCAAUCCCAUGUGUCCUGUCCCACCUCGCCCUGUGUUUCCUGACAAUUUUCAGCCCACCUUCUGGAAUCCUUGGAUAUUAUGGCCAGGCGCAUUUUACUGUCCACCUCCGAUGAUCAACAUGGAGGAAUUUCAGAAAAACUGGACUCGAAUCCGAGUGCCUCAACAGCAAAUUCCGGGAAAAUCACAUCCUGGUCCAUCUGCUGGAAAGAGAGUAGAGGCAAAAUCUCAACAAAGUCAAACUCAAGAUUCAGACGAUGAGGACGACUUCAGGCCUCUUAUUAUAGAUGAUGGGCAAAAUAAUGAGGGCGACAAAGAAAAUUCUAUUUAAAAUAAUAUUGAAUGUAUGCCCAUUUACAUACUGAAAUUUUGUUGAAAUCCUUAUUGUCUUAUGAUUCCCAUUUAG